AUGGAGAUGGCGGGGUCUCUCCCUGUGCCCAGCGUGCAGGCCAUGGUGGCCGCCAGUGCCGGUCAUGCACCAGUGCCACCGAGGUAUCUCCGUCCAGAGGUGGCCACGGAUGUCGUCGUUGCUGACGACGGCGACGCGACAACGACCAGCAUCCCCACCAUCGACUUCCAGAGGCUCCUGCUGCUCGACCCGGAAGAAUCUGCGCGCCUCCAUGCGGCCUGCCAGGACUGGGGCUUCUUCCAGCUGAUAAACCACGGUGUUCCGGAGGAUGUGAUGGAGGCGAUGAAGGGCAGCACCCACGCAUUCUUCGCGCUUCCUGCGGAGGCCAAGGAGCAGUUCCGUCAGGAGGCAGGCCAGCUGGAGGGCUACGGCCAGCUGUUCGUCGUCUCCGAGGACCAGAAGCUGGACUGGGCCGACGUCCUCUACCUCAACACGCAGCCGCCCGAGCACAGGAACCUCAGGUUCUGGCCUCACCAGCCCGACAGCUUCAGCCGGACGCUGGACACCUACUCCGCCGCCGUCAAGCACGUCGCCGACCGCCUGCUGGGCGCCAUGUCCAGGAACCUGGGCCUCACGGACCCGGAGCGCCUCGUCGCCGGCGUCAGCGGCGGGAUACCAUUAUCGUCGAUGAUACAGUCGGUGAGGAUGAACUACUACCCUCCCUGCGCCGAAGCGGCGGACAAGGUCCUGGGUUUCUCCCCGCACUCCGACUCGGACCUCCUCACCCUCGUCCUCCAGGUCAACCAGAUCCAGGGCCUGCAGAUCAGGAGGCCGGGCGACGGCGCUUGGCUUCCCAUCACGCCGCUGCAGGGCGCCUUCGUCGUCAACGUCGGAGACGUCCUCGAGAUCUUCACCAACGGGAGGUACAGGAGCGUGGAGCACCGGGCCGUCGUCAACGCCCACACGGAGCGUAUGUCCGUCGCGGCGUUCCACUCUCCCAGCAUACAUGCCACCAUAGGUCCGCUGCCGGAGCUCCUCGGGGACCAGGAGGCGCCCAAGUAUAAGACGCUGGACCACCAAAGCUUCAUCACGCUCUUCUUCUCCGCCAAGCUCCACGGCAAGAGCUUCUUGGAACGGAUGAACAAGAAGAAUCUCUCUGAUUAA